AUGAACACGACGCUCGAGCCCAAUGCUACCCUGCCUGCUUUGCGGACUUCGAAUUCGGAAUUCGAUGGAAUCAUCGAUGAGAGAGCGACAAUCAACACAUUGAGCGAAAUGAGUUCUUUUCUGACAGACCUUGAACGGAUUGUCAACGGAUCAGUGCUUGAGUUCUUGGAACGUAAGCUGAACGACGAUUCAGUGUUGAACGGCGUUCUGCACGAAGGUGCCACAACCUUUGUGCGGGACGGCGGCGGAGCGCUAAUUCCUGAACGGGCAAGCAAUUGGUCAGGUACUACGAACUCGUCACGACGCUUUAACUUCACGUGGCACCACUACGAGUCCUUGGUGCGACCCCUCGGCGCUUUCAGACGAUUACAGGAUAAGAAUCUGCAUAAGCGACGAUGGACGUGGAGUGGAGCUAAAACCGGACUCGGACGCGCGUUUGGCGGGCGACGAUUGUGGAUGCUGGAGUUUGCAGCCUGCGUUUUACUUGCUGUUGGGAUCGUCGCAAGCAUGGUCCCAGGUGGCUUUAGAGACGCUGGCGGCUACAGAGAUGCGGGCCCCAGACAACAUGCACAUGUUGGAGAUGCGGGCCCUCCAUUUCUAGGGACCGCCACGUUGAAAGUUCCCCCAGCGUGGUCGAUUGAGCGCGCUGCGCACUACAGUCUUCGCUCUUGGAUCUCAGACCUCAUCCUUUGGAGCUCGGCGACGGACUUGGAAGCUCAUCGACUUGGACCGGUGGCGGCGCUACAGGUGACUGGCAGUGCCAAAGAGCUUGUCAGGGAAUUAGCUCCGGAUCAUCUCGCAAACGGGAUACACGAUCCUCAGACGGGACAGCAUAUAACUGGACUAAUGCUUCUAGUCAGAACGUUGGCCACCCGGUAUGCCCCACUAGAUCAAGAAGCCAGCACCAAAGCUGUAGGAGAGUUUCUGAAUUUCUCUAAACUCCCCAAUGAAGCUGUAGAUGCCCUGCUUGUGCGCUUCGAUGUGCUGAGAAACCGCGCCGCACAGCGCGGAGGACUGGCAUUGAAUGCUUCAGGCAUGGCGUGGAUCCUUCUCAGAGCUUUGAACCUUCCUGCUGAACUGUUGGACCGCUUGCUUGCCCAGACGGGCGGGCAGCUUCCUGUCAACGAGGGUGAGCUUGUUGAGCUGAUGGGUCGCAUCAGGCGGCAAGGUCAUCUCUUUGAGCAGGGAUUCAAAUCCAGCUUCAAGCAAGGUGGUACUGGUGAUCCUGGCGCGUACUUUUACCCAACGUUCGCAGGUGCUGAGCAAGCGGUUGCAAUCCAACUGGUUUUAGUGCUGGGCCCGCUGUUGAUGCUAGAUGAGGAGCAGUGUCCCACUUGUGGCAUGUACUACGCUGAUGAUGACAUAAGUGAAACCUUGGGGGAUGAAGCUUCAAUCGGAGCCGAGUUGUUUCAUUUGUACAAGAUGGCCAAACGCAAGUGGCGAAGAUUUUCGGGGCGACCCCCAAGGCGUUACCGUAAGUUCAGCUACAAGCCCAAGGAUGCUACCCGACUGCAGCGCACGCCGUACUCCAAGUCGUAUGCGUCAUUCCUUCCUGCAUCAAGCUUUGCCGGAGGGAAGGGACAUGGCGGCAAGGGCAAAAGUAAGGGGCGCACCAACCCACGAGGGAAGGACGGGAAGGUGCUUCGGUGCAACAAAUGCAAUUCUGACCAGCAUUUGUGGCGUCAGUGCCCGCUGCUUGCAUCUCAGUCUCAGAACCACCUUGUGACUGCGCAGCCUCCUGCCCUUACGCUUCAUUCAACGCCUGCUCCCAACACUGGUGAAUCCAAUCCUGCUUCAUCAUCGCACGGCGCAAGGUGUCAGCUGCAAGUGGGAGGAACAAACGACGUGCGGAUGAGAUGCGACAGGGCAGCUCAUGUCAAGAUCGACCGCCUGCCUGGGAGCCUGGACGACCGUCCAGCUGGUCUUCACAG